GCAAAUAACGUAUGGGGAACCUGAAUGUCAAUGUGAAUAUCGCGGAACGAAUCAGUGUACCGAAAAAAUUGCCAUGUGUAAACUUGUUUUCAACGCCUGGGAUACUCAAUUUACGCGGAGAUUGCUAUUAAUUUGUUGAAAUGGAUGACAUAAAGCUGCAGGACAUCAACCAGCUCCUUGAGUAUUUUGCAAAGAAUACUUACAAGGCGAAGGAGACUGACAAACAGGGCCAAGAUAUUAUGCAACGAUGUAUAGAUUUGAUAUCUAUAGAUUAUGAUAUUUCGGUUGUGAGCAAUAGUGGAGGAGAAUUAAGUGCACAUUAUCCUAGUAGCCUGAUAGUUCUAGAAAAAGAACGAAUUCAUACUCUUAACCGACAAGAUGUGAGGCUCCGACAAAGUGACACCAUUUAUGAAAGUGCCAGUGAAUCAGUUACUGAAUCAACCAGGCUUCGUGAUUUAAUUAGCAAAGCUAGACUUGCCAGAUGCCGUGCAAGAUUUCCACUUCCUGUAAUCUUAUAUCAGGGAAAACAUAUUUGCAGGUCUGCCACUCUAUCUGGCGGUCCAGAAAUUUACGGACGCUCUGGGCUAGACUAUCUUUUCUCUGGGAGUGACACUCCGAAGGAACCUGAAGAGAAAGAAUCUAAACAGGAUGAAGAAGUAGACGAGAGACCCCCUACAUCAGGAGAUUGGCAGCUGUUUGACCGAGUCAGAAGUCAAGACAUCAGACUUCUCAAACUGUUCAAUGUUGGCACUAUUGUAGACCUAAUGUUGGAAAAGAAGAAGGUCAAAUUUGGAGUCAAUGUUACGUCAUCAGAGAAAGUUGAUAAAGAAAAUCGGUAUUCGGAAUUCACAAUUGUUUCACUACCAUAUCCAGGAUGUGAAUUUUUCCGCCAGUACCGUGAUAACAAUUAUCAGGCUCAGGAUCUUGUGUUUGAUUGGGGGCAGGCUCAUGUGGAUGCUAGCAUUGUUGUUCCUGAGGACCCUUUUCCUUCACAGCUUCCUAUCAAAUGGGAUCGUUACAAGCAAUGGGAUCUUAUCAAAUUAACCCAGAAUUAUAUGCACCUCUUACUGCAUUAUUUAUCAGAGCAGAGCUCUGGUUUGCUAGUCCACUGCAUUUCUGGCUGGGACAGAACUCCAUUGUUUGUAUCAUUGCUGCGGUUGUCAUUGUGGGCCGAUGGUCUAGCACAUCGCUCGUUGGGACCUGCUCAAAUAUUAUAUCUUACAGUAGCUUAUGACUGGUUAUUGUUUGGACAUAAUCUUGAGGAUCGUCUGGACAAAGGAGAAGAAAUAUUCUUUUUCUGCUUUUAUUUCCUGAAGCACAUAACAAGUGAGGAGUUUAGUAUAGGUUCAAGAUCUCGACUCAGACAAAGCACUGAUAGCGAGCCCCAUCUAGAUUGUUUGUCCCUCAGUGGCUCCAAUGUCAGUUUAAAUAGUUGGUGUAGUGCAGAUAACAAUCCUCCUGCAGUGUUUCACCUUGCUGGUUGUGAUGAAGGGUACCCAAAUCAACAAUGGUCGUCUCUGGUUGACAGCAACCCUGCACUAGGACCUACCGCAACACCAAGGUCACCGCAUCCUUCGAGUAGCCGGACCAGUCCUGUGGCAGUCCCAGUGCCGAGCAGAUUACGACAGCGACAAGAGUCAAGUGGCUCAUCCCUCAGUGUUGGCAGUUGGCAACUUAUAUCAGGCACAGGUAGUCUGAGAGGAUCUGCUUCCACAGCCUCUAACAGUGGUUCCAUCACACCAAGAUCUGUGCAUUCACAUGGUAGCUGUAAUGCAGAUAUGGUUGACAGUCAAGUCUCUGCUGAGUCAAGUUGUACAUUGACUGAGGAUGAUUGUUUCAUUCAUAGUAAACAACCUACUGCUGCAGAAAUGAGGCAAGACAGGUUAGAAAAGGUGCGCACCCUCUUCUAUAAUGCUUACUUUUCUACUGUAGGCUUUAAUCUAAAAAAUUCUGAUUCAGGAUUGAGCAGUAUUUUAGGUAAUUUUGCAGAAAAAGUUGGCAUUAGAACAGUGCAGAGAUCCCCAGUUUAGUACCUUAAUGAUUAUCAAAUGUAAACUUCACUGUUUUGUGUGAGGGGCCAUCUAAUGACUAUAAAAUGUUAUUUUUGGUACAGGUAGAGCAUGUAAACCUCAAACCAUAGGUACUAUGUACUGUUCCUAUAUUAGUAAUGCUAGCUUUGUGUUCAGUUAAGGUUCCAAUUGAUACAAAGCCUCAUAAGUUCUAUUUACAACUCUCUCCCCGCUUGAAAGGUUAUAUUUGAACCUGAUGCUUUGUUCUACAAAUAAGAAUAUAUUGCUGAUGAGCUUGCAUGGUCUCUUUCAGAACCCACAUUCAAUAGUCAUAGAAAUUUGUGUCAUGUUCAAACUAAGUUGUAUGAACAAAAAAAAAAAAAAAAAAAAAAAAAAACAGCUCUUGGUUUUAUGUCUUGAGACUGGUUUUUUUUUUUUAAAGGGUUUUCUCCAUCUAUGGCACGUUUGUAAGAAGACAGUCUUCCAUCGCAUGGAGCUUUGCUUGUGUGCCAAAGUGACAUACUGUAGCUAUACAAAUCAUGUUGCCUGGUUAAGUUUGUUUGUCAGCUUUUUUCACUUCAGUUUAACUGCUGUAAAGGUCUUGUGAGGAAGCAUUGCCAUUGGUUUCUAUUGAGUUCUGGCUGUAAUUGAAAUGGAUUGUUAGUUGUCUUAUGCCAUAGAUCUUGAACAAAGCACUCAUUAUGUGUUCUUAACUCCAGUUUCUCCAUAUGCUGUAUUUGUGACUUGUUUACAAAACAUUUUCUCCUUUCCUUAAAUGAAAUAUUCUGAAAUGUAAGUCUUCCAGGGUUUCAAAAUUGUUUUGUCAUUCUGAACAUUAACCAUGUACAGUAGUUACAGGAUACUUUGGUCUCUAAUUGUUGCUAGAAACACGAACUUGUGACUCAGAUGCCAAACGGUAUUGAUACGGGUACACUGUACUAGAUUUUUGUAUGUGUCAGUUUACAUCAUUAUUGUGUUCAUUUAUCUAGGCUAUAUCACUCAAAGACAACUAGAUUCCAAGGAAGAAGGACAGUACUGCCGGACAUGUUCUUCUUCUUGAGAAUCUGGUUUGGUUACAGUGAAUAUCUCAUUGUUGGAGGAAUGCUAUGCUAUCAUUCCAAAUUGAAGUUUUUUUAAUUUUUUAUAAAAAUUAAGAAGGGUGUGCACUUGUUAGGCACUCACUUAAUGUUUAAUCAUAUAUGUAUGGGAGAAGCCUUCAGUUUAUAUAAAAUAUAUUUGCCAGUCAGUGUUCAGUAGAGGAAAUGUUAAUAUUUACCUCUACAUCUGAUAUGCUUACUUUUGCAUCUGUUGGUCCGUACUCUGUUCAUACACUCUGUACAUUGACUCAACUAGAUCCUAUUCAAAGAGUAGAAAUUUGCAAUCAUCUAGAUCAGUGUAUCAAAUCUUCUUGAAAUUUGAAAUUGAAAAAUUGACCUGGGUCCAGUUGGGCGUUUGGAUUCCAAUAUCUUAAUCAGGAUGGAUUUGCAGGCCUAUCAAAAGGUUCAUUUGCUCAAAGAGAUUGAUCACUCUGCUAGUCUCCUUGUUUUGCCAAACUGACCACCUGUGCCACUGUGCAUUGCAGUUUUUUAGCCCUUUUCUGUUGUUUGUUGCAAGGGAUCCUUAAUAUUUUGUUGUUGUUGUACAGUUAUUAAGCUCUGACUUCUAUUUUGUAGGUGUUUACUGUGUUCAUUGUAAAGUAAUUUUACUUCUUCAGAUUUGUUGUUUCAUGCCAUGAAUCUCGUAGCUUAAACAUGAGUACUGUGUGAAGAUCUCAGUAUUCCUUACAAAAUACUUACAAAAUAUUUUAUCAUGGGCAUGUUACUUAACACAAACUAUUUCUUUGUAUUGUAUUUUGACUACUUGUUUACAAUCAACAAUUCAUGGUUAUUGUUGUCAUUAUUGUUGGUAAUAUUUGAGUACAGCAUCCUAUGUCAACUUUUCUAUUUUUGCUGGACUAAUUUCAAUAGUUUUUAAGGCAUUGACUGGUCCUUGUUCUUAAUACUGAUAAAAGGCCCAAUUUCUAUUUCAAUCCAAAAGUCGUAUCACUUUAAGAUAAGGUGAGGGGCAAGGUCAAUCACUUGGUUUUACUAGUGUUGCUUCUGUUGAUCAGCCAGCAACAUUUUUAGUGUGAUUCUCAACAGGCAUAAAAGUUAAUAAGUUGUGAUGAUAGAAGGUGUCACUUGUGCUUUUUUGUUGUUGAUCUCACCUAAAGAGAAAUGACAAAUGCUCCCUUUUGAAUGUUAUAAAUUUCCUGGCAAUCACUGAUUGUUGUACGCUUUAUGAACAGAAAUGUGUGAUUUUUGGGCUUUUUAAGUUCUGUAAUAUAACACUCAUUGGAAAAUAGUUUGUAUAGUUUUUAUUUGAUUUGUAACUAUAGCUUCUUUACUUCAACUUCCAUUGUACAGAAACACCAAUGUCAUAGCAGGGGCUCCUCUGAAUAUCUGGUCAACUUGCCUCUAACAGUUAUGAUUUGUCAUGUCCUAUGAUGUAUUUAAAGUUACUUUACUUUCCAAUAACACCCCUAAAAUGCAUUGAAAAAUUACAACAAUGGCAAAUAAAUGCCUCAACAUGGUGCUGGUCGACUUAGUAAGGUGUCUGUGAUUGUGCCUUGAACUGUGGUCUGAUGUCUUCCUGGAAGUUGAUUAGUUGUAAUAUUUUCUUUCCUUAAAAAAAACCUAUUCAUGGUUUGGAGUACUGUAGUACAUUGCAGCAUUCUGUUUUGGUAUAGGUUUUAUGGACAUUUUCUUAGCUUGUUUUGGGUUUCUGAUAUAUUUGUUGUGCUACUAUUUGAUAUGAACUCAAAAUAGGCCAUCUCUUCUAUGAUUUUUUUCUUUCUUAGUUACUGUUGAGAUUUUUCCUCUGCCGUUUCUUUCUUAUACCUGUAUGUGAACUAGUCGGGAAUUUUAAAGGGAUACCUUCACUAACCUUUUUUUGAGCUCUAAUGACUCUUGUCCUUUAUAUUUUCCACUCACCUAAUCCAGUCAAGUGUUUAUUUUGUCAGACCUAGGCUAGACCUUAAUGUGCAGUCAUGGCUGUGACCAUUUGCAAAUUUGUACAUAUUAAGCUUGCAUAUGGUUUUGUAUGAUAUGACAUUCUAUAUCUAUUGAUGAAGGUUAUGAAUAUAUUUAUUUUAAUUUCACAA